AAAACAACAACAAUGGCUACCGACCAGGACGAUGAGCCCCUUGAUAGUUGGGAGGAUAUCGAUGAAAAUUCGAUGGUGUUAGAAGGACGUUUAGAAAAAUUGGCCUUAAAAAACUCACAAACAGAAUCAUCAAUGCAUCCUCCCGUAGUUACCUGUGAAGAUAGUACCCGCACUCCAUUUACACCUCAAGAACCCAAGAUUAUGAUUUUAAGAAGACCUCAAGGUAAACCAGAUGCCACUGCCAAUGGGAUGGUCUCCCUCAAACAAAAGCAGCCAGUUAAAACGCUCGAACAGAGACAACAAGAAUAUGCAGAAGCGAGAUUAAGAAUUCUCGGGGAUGCUGGGAGUACUGAGGAUAAUAAACCAAAGCCAUUACAACAGAAGUCUUUUGAACAGCGAGAGGCAGACUACGCAGCAGCACGGUUGCGUAUCAUGGGAUCUACAUCCAAAUCUGUCGAGGAGCCCAUGUUAACAGGAAAUCCACCUGGAAAUCACCUGAUGAACAUGCACAGAGAACCUCAGAAUAAUGUGGGGGUGGUCAGGACACCAAAGGGCCCAGACGGAACUGCGGGUUUUGGAAGAGGAACCAGCCUCCAUAGGUAGCAAGACGCCAGGCUAGCUGCCAACAGUUUACCUUAAAGAAUGAGAAAAGUAAAAACUAAUUGAAUUUGAAUUAAAAAAAAGAAAAAAGAAAUCUACAGGGUUAAAAGCAAAAGCAAAGUGAGGGCACAUAUCUUCCUCAGCCCAUGCAAAUCUGUGGUCUUGUCUUGAAACUGUGACUUAACUUCUGCAUCACCAGUUGUCUGUGGAUUUCACACUUACACAUACACAAGCACAUACACACACCAUUUUUAUUUCAAGCUGAGCAACUAAAUUUAUUUUGAUUAAACUUAUGCAAUUGGAGAAGGAAAGAGUAGUAACAUCAGUGUUAUUUUUAAAUAACCAAAUAUCAUUGCCUUUUGGCUGGCGAAGAUAACCCUCAAAAAAAGAAAUGUAUCUUGCAAACGUGGAACAAGUAGCGAUACCUUAUUUCUUCCUGUCUUUCAUCUUUUUCUCUUCCCUGUUUUUAUUUUCCUCCCUAGCUAUAGUAUCUAUUUAAAUCUUAAGAAUUGCCACUCUAUUGUAGAAGCAGCAAUUUUCUCGUGAGAUAUAGGAGAUUUGUAUACCAGUUCAAUUCACAAAUCACUUUUUCAGAUCAUGUAAGCAUUCAUCAGUCCAUUAAUUCUAUCUUCUGCUUAAUAAGUGAUGAUGUUAUGUUGGAAGUGUACCUUUGAUUUACAGAGAUUUCUUUAUUUAGUGUUAUGUUAUUAUUUUUUUCUUUAUUGUUUUCAGUUCUUUGGAUUUUUUUCUGUCUAUUCACUCCCAAAUUUCUUCCUGUAUCUUGUAACUUCUUCUUUUCCUGAAAUUGCAGCUUUGUCAUCUUCUUAAGUGCUUUUCAAUUAAAGCAGUUUGCUUCUUGUUUCCCCACAUUUCACUUUACAUAAAUUUUAUCUUAAUGUUAAUCGCUGGUUCUGAGGAAAAGAGAUAUUGCUUUUUUUCCCUUUUUUUAAUAUACCCACAAAAGAAUGUUGACAAAAAAGCCCAUUUUGACAUGUUGCUUGCAAUAUCCAGAUAUGCAACAUGUCUUAAACCUGUGACUUUAAUGUUAAUGCCUUGCCAGUAGUUGUUCUGCAGUAUUUUUUUAAUCCUGUCUUUGUAACCUGCCAUGAUCAUGUGCACACAACUCAAUAUUAUGUUUUCUCCCUCUUCAAUAUGCUUCACUGUUAAAAAGUAGUCCAUAUUUUUAUCGGAAUUGUUUGCUGGUUUCAUUCAGCAAGCAGAUUAAUAUAUCUUCCUGCAGUGUAAAUGCAUAUAUAUAUGUAUAUAUAUGUAUAUAUGUAUUUUGUUUAUAUCUAUCUAUCUAUAUAUAUAUAUAUAUGCAUGUAUACAAAAUAAAUGCCUUAGAUAUAUUUUUUAGAAUGAUUUCUAACUGAGGGAUUGUUCUUGUUUCUCCCUGGUACAUCUAAGGCAGUCUUGUAAAUAUGUAGUUACCAUUCACUAGAGAAGGUUUGACAAAUACACACCAUCCUUUGUUUUAAGGGAUGUCACUGAUAUUGGUGUCAAAGCAUUAUUGCCUUACGGUUUUUUAGAGACCAACAAUCAAAAUUCUUUUUUGAGUAGGAAACAGAGGUACAUUAAAUGCUUGACAGUUUUUUUACACCCGGCUGCAACAACUUGCCCGUUGGAAGAUUUUUUACCAGAAUGUCCUCAGGCACUAAAAUGUUCAUAGAUGGGUUAUAUGAUUUUUUGGUCUCACUUUCUUUUUUUGUUUGUUUGUUUAUUGCUAUUGCUAAUGUGGUCCUAUAGUGUUUAAUUUGAAGUCAGGAUUUCUUGUUUAUAAUUCUUGGUUCUGAUUUUGCUUUAUUACAAUUUUGUUUUCAUGUCCUUUUUCUUUCUAGAAAAAAUCUCAGCCUGUCUUACCUUUCCUCUCCUGCCUGAAAAAAAUGAAGAAAAAAAAUGUUAAUUAGGGAUGGCCUUAAAAAGAAAAAAAUAUAUAUAUAUUGGAAACUUUUAUGGAAUUCAUCAAUUGUAGUAGGGUUGUCUACUGAUUUUUAUGCUAAGUUUUACGUAGAUUGUUUAUCACGCAUUAAACGGGGAGCGAGUCUGAGUCACACACAGACAAACGUU